AUGACGAAGGGAACGUCGAGCUUUGGUAAGCGUCGUAAUAAGACUCACACCCUCUGUCGAAGGUGUGGUAGAUCAUCCUACCACAUCCAGAAAUCAAAAUGUGCACAGUGCGGAUACCCUGCCGCUAAGCUGCGCUCCUAUCACUGGUCAGUGAAAGCCAAACGCAGGAAGACCACUGGAACUGGCCGCAUGCGUCACUUGAAAAUCGUAAGAAGGCGUUUCCGCAAUGGCUUCAAGGAGGGUAAACCCACCCCUAAAAAAGCUGUGGCUUCGUCGUAG